AUGAGUUUAUCAUAUGGAGUUCAUAUGAGCUAUGCUAAAGCUUGGAGGUGUCGAGAGCAUGCAUUGGCUUACAUAAGAGGUACACCAGAAUCAUCAUUUCAGAAACUUCCCUCAUUUCUAUACCUGAUGGAGCAAAAAAAUCCUGGAACUGUUACUCAUUUGCAGAUGGACAAUGAAGGUAUUGCCGGAAGCUGGAACAAUGUCAUUGCUGAGGCACGUGGGUGGCCAAUUACUUGUCUCAUGGAAUUUAUGAGGCACACUUUACAAAAAUGGUUUUUCGAGCGUCGAACUGCAGCAUCAGCGGCUAUAGGUCCUCUUGCCACAGAAGUGGAAGCUGAUUUGCGAAAGUUAGCAGACAAGUCCACUACCUCGUUCCCUUUUCCGUCUAGUCAGUAUGAAAUAACAGUAUUGGAUGGUGAUAUUGAUGGAGAUGUCGACCUGAGCAGGAAAAUAUGUAGUUGUAGAAGAUUUGAUUUGACAGGUCUUCCUUGUGAACAUGCUCUAGCUAGUGCUCGAGAUCGUGGCAUUAGUCCAUAUAGUUUAUGCUCCAGAUUCUACACAGUUGAAGUGUGGUUGUCAUCCUAUGGUGGAUCUGUAUAUACGCUGGGUAAUGAAGAAUCUUGGGUGAUACCAAAUGACAUAGGAAGUAUGAUGAUAGCUCCUCCUUUAGUGAAGCAGAAGGCUGGUCGUCCAAAGAAGAAACGACGUUUAUCAAAGGGUGAGAAGAAUAGCAAACAACAUAGAUGUAGUAGAUGUGGUGUCCUGGGCCAAAAUCGAGUGACGUGCACCACUAUUGGUUCAGUAAUACAACUUUUUGUGUUAAAGUUUGUUGUUUCAGACACACCUAAUUCAUACAUGCACGUAAAGUAUUAG